UACAAACAAAAUUAAAAAUGUCAGCAAACUUGCAAAAGCUUCUCAAAGAAAGAAAAUAUUUUGGAACAAAGAGUCCUCUGAAGCAAGGUCGACGGGCAUUUGAGGCUCAAGUUUAUUCUGAUAAAUAUUUCAUUUCACAAUUAACAUGUGAAAGAGAAUUACAAGGACAUCAAGGCUGCGUAAAUACUUUAGAUUGGUCGCUUGACGGAGAGAAAUUGCUAUCUGGAUCUGACGAUAAAAAAUUGAUAAUCUAUAAACCAUUUGAAGAUUACGAAAUAUCCACCAAGAUUAGCACAGGUCAUCGCGCAAAUAUCUUUUCGGCAAAGUUCAUGCCACAAACUUCGGAUAAUGUCAUUAUUUCGGGCGCUGGUGAUUCUGAAGUCCGUAUAUUUGACUUGAAAAAUGGUGAAUCACCUUUAGUUGCGAUGUAUGUUUGCCACAGCGAUCAAGUCAAGAAAAUUUGUGUGUAUGAUGACAACCCAAACGAGUUUUUGACUUGUUCGCAAGAUGGUUCAGUGAGACUUUUUGAUCUACGGGUGCGUCACAUUUGCUCACCACAUGAUGCCAGAUCAUUUCUAACUGCCCAAAAUAUCCCCUCAAGACAGCAUCCGCUUCCUACAGGCCCAGAUGUCCAAAAUGGUUGUCCUCCACCUAUAGUAGAUUACGGCAAAUACAAUAUCGAAUUAAAUAGUAUGACAGUCAACAAAAUAUUUCCACAUUAUUUUGCAGUUGCCGGAAUGAACGACUACAUAUAUCUUCAUGACAGAAGAAUGAUGCCUGCACGCAGCCCUCAGGGCGGAAGUGAUAGUCAAAUGGAGACAUUAAAAUGUAUCAAAAGAUUCUCACCUACAUUGGAUGGAUAUAGUCGGCCAAAUAAACAUAUUACAGCGUGCACAUUUAGCGACUCUAAUGGUUAUGAGUUGAUUGGGAGUUGGUCUUCAGAAGGAAUUUACUUGUUUAAUAUCAACGACUCGCCUGUCCAAUCAUCUUUACAUAGUACCGUGGAAACUUCGACACGACCAAGACCUGAUGAUUCCAACGAAUAUGCUAAUGAUACUGAUAGCAUCGUUACUGUAACUGGAACAACUUUAGAAAAUUACCAAGAGAAUAGUCGACAAGCGUUGUGGACAGUAGUAGUUCAGCAAUUUAUCAGCCGUGAUUUAGCAAACGCCAUGUUAAAAGUGGAUGAACUGCUAAGAGCUCUGGCGCCUAUUGAUACGAUGGAUGCAAAUAUACUUAAAGCUUGUUGCUUUUUUGUUCGUGCCGCUAUUAUGACAUGUCAUAUUAACGAGUCAUUUUUGACCUUAUAUGACAAUAAUGAAAUCAUUGAAAUGAUUGAAAAGGCAGAAUCGUUUGCACCAAGCGACUGGAAAGGUUCGUGGUGCAGAGCCAUAGGCUAUUGGAUCUUAUGUGGGGGAGCGUACAGUAAUGGAUGUAAUCAUCGAGAUUUCUAUCUCAGUCAAUCUUUUGAAUAUGCUGUACAAGCAAGAAAUGGGUUGGCUGAAUACUAUUCGAUCUUAAGCAAUCAACCUACAUCAUCCACCGUGACCGAUGUUUCAGCAGAUAUUCCAGUGUCUGUUGAAGUAUUUUUAGGAGUAAUCGACUUGUUCUUACGACAUUUAUCUAUUGUAUGUUCACGCGAUGGAUAUGUACAAAGCAAUGGAGUCGUACUUUCUGAUGAUGAAGCCAAGUUACUUGAACGUGAUUAUCAAUAUCACUGGUUGAAUUUUAUCAAUGUGAUGCAUAUAAGCUCUGGUCCUCUAUCAGCUUUGGGCUGGACUAGGCCAUCAUCUAUAGCAACAUUAUCUCCUAAUAUAAGACAUGAACGUGACAUAGACACGGAAUUAUCAGACAGUGCAAUAUCUAGUAGGGGAUCAUCACCAACAGCAUGGGACAGUGAUUUUGAUGGGAUCAGUGAGGAAAAUGAUGGGCCAAAUGAUGAGAGCGCGGAAUCUCUUUAUACGCGAGUCAUGAGUGGACAAAUUGCGGAGGAAGAUGCGGAUUUUGAUUUGGAAGCGAUGAAUAUACUACGUUACAAUACAAAUCUUUCGUUCGAUACAGAUGUCGGUGUUGUGAAACCUCGCUUAAAAUAUGUAGGUCAUUGUAAUAUCGAGACAGUGAAAGAUGUUGGGUUUUAUGGUUUAUAUGAUGAAUAUAUUGUAUCUGGAAGCGACAGAGGGCAUUUAUUUAUUUGGGAUAAAAAAACAACAAACAUUGUUCAAAUUCUCCGAGCGGAUGAAGAUGUGGUGAACGUAGCGAAAGGACACCCAUUCUUACCAAUAUUGGCUGUAUCGGGUAUUGAUUCGACAGUUAAGAUAUUUAAGCCUACUUCUAGACUUCCGACAUCAACAGACCCUAAAAACCCCAAUUCCUUUUCAACAUCAUCUCGUUUGUAUAAAAAGGAUGAAAUCCUGGCUAGCAAUGGAGAAUACAAUACCAGUUUGAGCGACGAUAUUUAUAUGACCAGAAGUAUGUAUGCUGCGUUUUUAAGGAUGGGAAGACAAAGAAGCCUCCUCUUCAACGAUGAUGAUGAUGAUGAUGAUGAUGAUGAUGACGAAAACGACUUUAGUAGUAACAGCAGUAGCAGUACGUAGUGAUGUAAACUAAUCGGUGUUCCAAUAAAUUCAAUCACCCAUUGGUUUUUCAUGCAUCUUUUUGCUGAGAAUUGACCUUUUUUUUUUUUCUUUUCUUUUCUUCAUAACUAUUGCUAGCUUAUCUUUUACGCAAAUAAAUAAAUGACUGAUUUAAAUUGGU